AUGCCGACUUCGCAGUACCUCCAAGACCUAGACAGAGACGGCUUUGUCGUCAUCAAGUCGAUCGUGGACAGUGAUAAACUCCAAGCGUUGCGUGGGGUUAGCUCAAAAGCGACCCAGCUGGCCCGCGAUGGACAAUGGCCGUUUGUACGGACGGUCCCGAAGCAAUUCCCCCCGUGGGACGCGAGCCAAGCGCGCGAGCACGGAAUAUGGGGCGUGCAGCAUCUCAUGAACCCUGAACUUCCAGGCCACGAGCUAUUCACUGAGCUGUACUUUUCUGAGACCAUCUUGGGUAUUGUAAAGCAGUUGCUGCAGUGCCAGGAUGAGCAUCUCGUGAUGGAGCUCUUCAAUAUGCUUGUUAGGCCAGAAAAGGACUUUGAGUUGAGAUGGCAUCGCGACGACAUCCCCGCUGAGGCUAGUCAGGAGGAAGAGAUGGAGCGUCUUGGCAAGCAUGCCUACCAUGCUCAGUAUAACUUUGCCUUGUGGGAGGAUGAGUCUCUCAUCGUGGUGCCUGGUUCACAUAAGCGCGCAAGGACCUCGACCGAGCGAGACGCUGACCCGUUUGCCAAAUCAUUGCCUAACCAGCUCAUAGUCAAGCUGGAGCCAGGUGACAUUGUAUUCUACAACAAUAACAUUCUGCACCGUGGCGCCUACAAUAGCAGCAAGGAGCGAAUGACGCUGCACGGCUCAGUCGGCCACAUACAGGGCAACAGUCUCCGAGCGAGGAACGUCUUACAGCACGGAGUUGGUAGCUGGGUCGACAAGUGUGAUUUCCAGCCACUCCUGGAAGAUGAUAGGCGAAGAGCCGAAGAAAUGAGACAGCGUCUAAUUCGUCUUGGCAGCGAGAGCGGUCAAGUUGGCUACUCCCUCCAAGGCUGA